AUGAGCUUUAGAGCUUGUAAGCGUUUUUCUUCCCCCCUUUUGCAAGCUUCAAAAUUGUUUCUCUCAUCUUCUUCUCCUGCCCCUCAACUUCAUGUUAGACCUCUUGUUGAUUCCCUCAUUCCUCAAACUCAAGGGUUGAAGAAGAGUUUUGGUUUCCCUAGACCAUACAUGUCAACCAGCUUAGCUUCUUUGGCCAAAGAGGAGGAAGUUGCAAGUAAAGACAUUGAAACACUCAGGGCCGUUGAAGACCAACAUGGGGGAGUCAUUAUAAACAUGGAAGAGUCUAUGGAUUCCUCACUUUUUGCCUCUUUGCUUGAAGCCUCAAUAUCACAAUGGAGGGAUCAGGGGAAGAAGGGCGUGUGGAUGAAGCUGGCAAGAGAACAUUCUAAUCUGGUGGACUCUGCUGUUAAGGCUGGAUUCAGAUUCCACCAUGCUGAACCAGAUUACUUGAUGCUUGUGAAUUGGAUUCCCGACACUCCUGAUACCCUUCCUGCAAAUGCUUCUCACCGCGUGGCUGUUGGUGCUUUUGUCAUGAAUGCCAAUAGGGAGGUGCUUGUGGUUCAGGAGAGCAAUGGUAGGUUUAGUGGCACAGGAUUCUGGAAGUUGCCUACCGGAGGCGUCGAUGAAGGUGAAGAUAUUUGCACUGCAGCAGUAAGAGAAGUAAAAGAAGAAACAGGGAUUGAAACAGAGUUUGUGGAGGUCAUAGCAUUCAAGGAAAGACAUAAAGCUUUCUUCGGCAAAUCAGAGUUGUUCUUUGUUUGCAUGUUGCAACCUCGUUCCUUUAAGAUUGAGAGACAAGUUUCAGAGAUUGAAGCAGCACAGUGGAUGGCGAUUGAGGAUUACAUGGCCCAGCCAUUUGUGAGAGACAACGAACUAUUUGACUUUCUCACCAAAAUUGGGUUAUCAAAAUUUGGUGGUAAAUACACUGGUUUUUCAACCAUUCUAUCUUCAACUUCCUCUUCCAAGAAAUCCUACCUUUACUUUAACAACAAGGAUGCUUCUCCCAUGAUAGCCUCCAAAUUCUAA